GCAACCCUCUCUCUGUCUCUCUCUCUCUCUGCAACCAUGGCGAAACUCGUCUGCCACCAUUUUAUUCCUCUUCUUAGGUCUUCUAUCUACAGAAGCCAAUCCCUUAUGGGAACUAUUCAUUUCAUCAACGGUCCUGUUUAUCGGAGGCGAUUCUCUUCUUCAUCAAAGAUUAGCAUGAGCUUGAAAGCCGGCAUCGUUGGACUCCCUAACGUCGGAAAAUCUACUCUUUUUAAUGCUGUAGUUGAGAACGGAAAAGCUCAAGCUGCCAAUUUUCCUUUCUGUACAAUAGAGCCCAAUGUUGGAAUUGUUUCGGUUCCAGAUCCUCGGUUGAGUGUGCUUUCUGAUCUCAGCAAGUCUCAACGUGCAGUCCCAGCAUCUAUUGAAUUUGUGGAUAUUGCUGGGCUUGUAAAAGGGGCCAGCCAAGGGGAGGGUUUAGGAAACAAGUUCCUCUCACAUAUCCGUGAAGUGGAUUCCAUACUUCAGGUUGUACGCUGCUUUGAGGAUAAUGAUAUUGUUCAUGUGAACGGGAAAAUUGAUCCAAAGUCAGACAUUGAUAUUAUAAACUUAGAGCUAGUUUUUUCAGAUUUAGACCAGAUUGAGAAAAGAUUGGACAAACUAAAGAAAGGAAAAGGGAAUAAUCCACAAUCGAAACUGAAGGAAGAAGCAGAGAAAUCUGCCUUGGAAAGAAUUCAGCAGGCACUUAUGGAUGGAAAACCAGCACGAUCUGUGGCUUUAACUGAUUUUGAAAAGGAAUCCAUAAAACAUCUUUGUUUGCUCACAAUGAAACCAGUCAUAUAUGUUGCUAAUGUGGCAGAAUCUGAAGUUGCUGAACCUGAUAAUAAUCCUCAUGUUAAGGAAGUGAUGAACCUUGCCUCGGAGCUGCAAUCUGGACUAGUGACAAUAUCAGCACAGGUUGAGUCUGAGCUUACUGAGCUUCCUUCUGAAGAAAGAACGGAGUACUUAAAUUCUCUUGGUGUGAGUGAAAGUGGUCUUGGAAAUCUUAUUAGAGCGACAUACAGCCUUCUUGGUUUGCAUACUUACUUUACAUCUGGAGAGAAGGAAACAAAAGCUUGGACUAUACUUGCAGGAAUGACGGCACCACAAGCUGCUGGAGUUAUACAUUCCGACUUUGAGAAAGGUUUCAUUAGGGCUGAGACAGUUGCUUAUGAUGACUUUGUUGCUGCUGGUUCGUUUGCAGCUGCAAGGGAGAAAGGACUUUUGAGAUCUGAGGGGAAAGAUUACAUAGUAAAGGAAGGAGAUGUCAUGCUUUUUCGAUUCAAUGUCUGACGGACCUCGCUACUGUUUUCUCUACUGUUUGAAUUGAAGAGAAAACAUUACAUAUUCUAUAUCUUUGUUCAAUUGUUCGGAGUUAUGCAGCGCGAUUCAUGGCAGCCCUCAGUUUUGAUCUUAUAAAGGCUCUGGUAUUUUUUUGCUUUUUCAAAUGAAUGAGCUUGUUUUGUAAGAAAAAUGCCACUUGGUUUAUGUUAUUCUUUCAUAUUGUAUCAAAGGGAAGUUGUAAAUUUUGCGUAUUGAAUAAAUUAAGAAGCUCAGUUUCUACACAGCCAUGGUAGAAUCCUUUCUUACACCA